AAUAUGCGGGAUUUCCCACGAACGAUUUCGUAAACAAAGCCAGCCCGGCCUCUCAUCCUCAGACGAAAUUGUGAGCUUUUCCACGUAUUUAUAAUAUUUGUUAAAAACUAUAAGUGCACAGAGCGUUAUUGGAUGUUGUGAUGGACAGGGAAUAACAUAUGACACACCAAGAAUCCCCUUGCCUAGCCAUGCAGAGCAAUGGCAGAGUUUGGUGAAAUCCCAAAUUGUAGAGACAAAGAACCAUCAGAGAUCAUGAAACAGCCCAUCAAGAAGCUUGAACCUGCAAUCAACAGGUUCACCAAGAUUGCAAUACCACUGGACCUAGAUAGGCUUGCCAAUCAUUGCAGAAACAUCCAGAAGUUUCAACAACUACAGCAAUGGGACAAGCUCAGAGUUGAGCAGAUUAAUGCCAGAAGAACAGUACAACAACUCAAAGCCAAUGUCCGAGAGAUGGAGAAGGUGAGAUUACAGGUCAAUGAUGAUGACCUGAAGUCCUUUGAUGACCAAGUCUCACCGGUCAAAGAGGAGGUCAUCCAGGCUGUAGUCAAGGUCAUUGAACUCUGUGGAGUUGAGACCUCGCCGUUAGACCCACCGGUCAUGACCCAGUCUCUAACAGACUCACUACUGAGUACUGAUGAAGGUCUUAGAUCCAGAUUUAGACAUUCAAACUCACUUGAAGCAAGCAGCCAUAGUUCUUCCAUGGAAUCUUCAGAUGCCGUCCCAGAAAACUUAUCUCAAGAAUCUAGUGAAGCGCAUCAUCCGCUACAACAGCAGGAACAACAACAAACUCAAGAGGAUAUGAUGCCAUCACAAGAAGUUCAAGAUUCCUGGGAUAUGUUGAAGAAUGAACUUGUAGAACUUAACAGUCUCACACAUGAGUUUGCUGCACAAGUACAGGCACAGCAAGAGCAAGUUGACAGUAUUCAAAACAACAUCCAAGUUGCUCAAACAAACAUCCAAACUGGUGUGAAACAUCUCUUAAAGGCAUCUACCUAUAAAGCUGCUAUGCUACCAAUAGGUGGCGCUCUCUUGGGAGGAAUAGUGGGCGGUCCUGUUGGGAUCGUAGCUGGAAUGAAGGUUGGGGCUGCUGCUGCUCUUGGGGGCGGGGCUAUAGGAUUCCUGAGUGGACGUGCCAUAAAAAAACGGCAAGAGAAGAAGAUCCAGAUGGAGAUGUCGGUUCUCACUAAUGGAACUCUAGAGGGCAGUGUUGUAGAAUCAAGGAAGGAUAAAUGAACGAGACAGAAACUCCUAUGCUUGAUGGCCACAAGGAAGGUUGAGAUACUGUAUCGGUUGGAGGCAUCUGCAACUUUUAAAUGAUUGUGAGUGUGCUGGCCCUGUUCAUGCUUUAAAUCAUCAUCAUGGUGAAUGAGGCAGCUCAACAUCACAUGAGAGACUGCGCUAUAUGAUUUUAUUAGUACGAUGAUCAGGAAUAAGGUCAUUUGACAUUCAAAGAAUUUAUUCCUCGAAUUCCUUAUGAGUGCAUAACAUUAGCUUGGCUAAAGCCAGGGUAAUUAUGCUGCAUUUAAUGUAUAGCACGUAGAGACUUCUGAUGAAGAGGUAUUAGGCAAUAUACAAGCAAGUAUAAUUCAGAUCUAUUGAAAUAAGUUGGCUGCAGCUGAUAUUCAGAAAUUAACCAUAAUUCAUGACUGAUGGAGAGUUCCCACCAAAGCAACAUCGUCUGGAGAUAACAGUUGAAUCUCAGUGUAGAGGGAAUAUUUAAAUGUAAAAUUCUUGUUAUAAUGGGGUAUUUUUCUUGUUUCUUGUAUUGGUUUGCCUGAUUUUGUUGGAUUCUUGUACCAAGAAGACAAGUUUUGAAGGUCACAAUGAUCUGUUGAUACAUCUAAUGAUCAGCCUCAUAAAGACAUCAAGUGAAAAGUUCUUUUAAAAGAUGUUAGUAGUUUUUUUGAUCUGUAUCAAAUUUGUUAUAGUCCUAAAAAAAUCUUGCAGUGCUGAUUUUAUGCUUUUCAUGUCCCUUCACUUGCUACAGCUUUGUGAAUAAUAAAGGAAAAUAAUUAAUAUGAUAUAUCUCAUUAAGGGCAUAAUGACAAAGAAGUGGAUAUAAAAUGCACAGCUUCAAAUUUUACCACCAAAUUACUGUGUUAGACCAAAAAACAUCCCUUCAAUGUUAUUAUAGAACCAGUCAAAACAUGCAAAUACAAAUGUUACAAAAUCUCCUUGGUUUAUGUUUACGAAUGCAGUCAGUGAGGUCGUGAAAUUAAGAGCUGUGUAUUUUAUCUUCUCUAUGUGUUCCCUGUGUUUAUAAUGACUAUUGCAUCCAGAAAUAGAGCACGAUGUCAUAUUAUUUGAUGCACAAAAAAUUUGAAAUUGACACCAAUGAAAAAGCUCUUUGAUAAACACCAUGUGAUAUUAUUUACAAUUCUUCCUUGGGUACUUUUUGAUACCUGUGCAAUUGUGUUCAUGCUUAGUUUAUUCCUUGUUGAAUAUGUUUUUUCUGUGUUUUGUAAGCAGUGUUUAAGAUUUCUUUGAGUAACUGAUUUUCCUUUUCUGUUGAAAAUAUCCAUUGAGCAUAUAUUGCAAGAGAUAUACAUGUAUGUAUGCUAAAAUGUAUUGUCCUUUGAUUGGUGCUCGUGUUGCAACCCUCGUAGCCAGAGUAUGUCAGCAUGAAAUUGAUUUAUAAUUGCUCUUAAAAAUAAAGCAUUAUUAUUUAUUUAUUUAGAUAUUAAUGUGUGUGUAUCGGUUAUACAUGAACUACAAGUAUUGCAAAAAACAGUGCUAUUGAAUUUGACUACAUGUAUAUAUGAUUUUGUUAAGCAUUUACAUGGACCCUUUUUCAGUUUUAUUCCUAAACUCCUUACCUGAUACCCCAUAGAUUCCUGAAGAUUUUGUUAUUUGUGAUAGAUGUACACAAAAAUUGUAGUAGAAAAUUGGUGCAAGGUUUAACUUAAUCAAUUUUGGUUCAUAUAUAUUUAUUUAUUCAGUCGCCAUAAGAUUUAAGUUUAAGAACAACAUAGCAGUAGUCCAAUAUACAUAAAAUCAAUCCUAAGAGAGUAACAAAAAUAAAGUUUAGAGACAGGGUUUUUUUAGUCAUACUUCAUAUUUUGCCAUUAUACUAUGCUAUGUGGCAUGCCUGAAAACUUCCUGUACUCAGAAAACAGAAAGCCAUUGGAAGUAGGAAUGAUAUGUACAAUUGUACAUAUCAUUUGCAGGAAGAAAGGUGUAAAUUCACAUGACAGUUCUGAUUGUACAAUUGAUUUAUUGAUAAUUAUAUGCAUUCACAUAACACAGCUUUUUAUUACAGGGCCCUGAAACCAACAUAAUUUAUAUUUCUUUGAUAUCCCAUGAAGAAUUUACUUUUAUCCUUUUGGGUAAACACCACUCUCUUUGGCACCGAACCACACCUUACAUAUUCCGUAAUAGAAAACUUUUUGUAAUGUUAUUUUUGCAAAUGUUUUACUAUUUUAUUCUUUCUGAAAUAUAUAUGAUGAGUAUUCUGUGAACAUGUGGUCACUAUAAUGUCAUGUGAUACUAACAAACACUGACAGGGAUGUGAUUGAAUGAGAAAAUUCCUUUGGCACCAAAGGCAUUUUGUAAAAAAAACUCCUUGCAGAUUAAUUUGAAAUUCGAUUUACAUUUAUAAUAUGUGUGAUUUUGUUGCUAUUUCCAUGCAUUAACAUUUUGCUUAACUUUCAAUAGGUAUACAUAUUUGUGAAAUGAUUAAUGUGUAGCUAAAAUCAAGCACAUUUACUUUGAUUGUUUGAUUGUUUAAUUUCUGUUGUUUCAGCCAUCAGAAUCAUGGAAGAUUCCCCAUUGCUGCACUUGACUAUAAAAACCAAACUUGUGAAUAUGCUUGAGAAAUUUAAAUCUUUCCAGAUAUCUGUAAACUGACUCAAGAGCUAAUUUAGUAUGUUUAGGAUCAUACAGCAUGCAGUAGAGGCACCGAAUACAACCAUUUAAGAUUUUUUUUGUUCUCUAUUUAGUCCCAUGUAUUCAUAUUUUGAUGACCCUAUGAACCUUUGUCAAACCGUGUUUUCUACUGCUAAGAAGCCCCCUUCCCGGGCAUAUCAUAGAAUGGUGUAGAUGUACAUAAGUUCUCAUAGAGAUUAGCGGUAUAAGAUGUUUAACACAGUUGCCAAUUUAUCUGGCUAAUUUAGGGCAUCAAGUUAAUCAAGUUAGCUUUGGUAAAGUUAAGCAGGGGCCGCAGAAGCGGGUGGGGGGGGGGGGCUGUUCCAAAGCCAUGUACAAAAACGUAAAAAUGAUCACAUGAUUGUGAUUUUUUGCAUGGUCAGCCUCCCCCCCCCCCACUUUGAAAACUAUUCCGCGGCCCCACAUCAUAGUAUCAUGAAGUAUUUUAUGAAGAGGGUUGGGAAACUACCCCUUGACCUAAAAACAAAAUUUUGUUAUUAUUUACUAGAUGAUUUUCUUCAAUUUAACAAAACUGUACCCUAGAACUAAAAAGAUCUUUAUAUGCAGCAUGUCCUCAUUCCUUACUCAAACAUUAGACACUUGCCAUCAGUAUGAAGGCUUGUUCAAGAUAUGAUGUGACAAAGCUGAGACGCAUUUUGUCAAUAGGAUAGUAAAUGAUUACAAAAAUGUUCAAGAAACUUUCUUCAUCCCUGAGCUUUAUGAAAGGGGACCAAUCAAAGCCUUUACAAACUUAGCAAAGAGAAUACCUACAUUUUGUCCACAAUUGUGCAGACAAACUCAUAACAUGAGAGCCUGCCCCCCGUUUCUUGAGAGGAUGACAUUUUGACUCCAAUUAGCAUAAAAGGGGUCACUCUUUGUAACAACGCUGAAAAAAAUUCUCACUGAGCUUUGUUGCACCAUUUUGUAACAAGGCUGAAAUCUUACUUUGAUAAUGUUUUAAUGAAUGUUACAAUAAUUAGCAAUUUAUAUUUAUUGUUGUACAUGUAUGUAUAUACAUAUAUACAGGUAUACCACUGUGGUUUUGUUGCCAAAGUGCCUGCGUGAAUAUGGUCACACGGAAUAAAUUACCGUUU